AUGGAUGCCGAUGCCGAUCACAUCUACAUCGAUGACGAUGCUGGUAUAUUCAGUAUUGCCAAUGACUGCUACAGUACGUACGGUGACGCCCUCACUGGUGAAGAAAACGUUAUUUCAGCAGUGCACGCGAAGAUCACUGCUGUUAACAAGGCUGACUCCGCAGAGGAAUUCUACUGCCUCGCGAAGCGGUUGUCCGCUUCGUUCAAGACUUUUUUGCAGAUGCAAUAG